CUCUUCUGCUCCGCUUUUUGCUUAUCCUUCUUGAUCUUUCAGCAAUAUCUCUCUUCUCACAGCUACACAGAACACCAUGGCAGCAGAUCGUCUAAACUCUAUCCUCAGUCACCUGAAGCCAUCGGGUAACAGCGGACUCGCCGCAAUCACCCAAAAGAACCCAGACGAUGUGGUCAUCACUCUCGCGCUGCGCACGCCCCUCGCAAAGGCCGUCAAGGGUGGAUUCAAGGACACAGAACUGGAUUAUAUCCUCUAUGCGCUGUUGAAGGAAGUGCUCUCUAAAUCUAAGAUUGACCCCGCUCUGGUUGAGGAUGUGUGUCUGGGAAAUGUCGGCGACGGCAAAGCAGCCUACCUCGUCCGCGCCGCCUCCCUCGCAGCCGGCAUCCCUCACACGGCCGGCGGAUCCUCCGUGAACCGCUUCUGCUCGUCUGGUCUGAAGGCCGUACAGGACAUCGCGAACCAGAUCCAGCUCGGUGCCAUUGAUGUUGGUAUCGCUGUUGGCGCGGAGCUGAUGUCCGCUGGUGGCGACCGGUUGCCACGCCCAUUCAACGAGGAGGUCCUUCGCAACCAGGAAGCGGCGGAUUGCAUGCAGCCUAUGGGACAGACUUCGGAGAAUGUUGGUGCAGACUUCAACAUCACGCGCGAGCAGCAGGACAAGUACGCUGCGGAAUCGUUCCGUCGGGCGGAGGAAGCUCAGAAGGCGGGCUGGUUCGAUGAUGAGAUCGUCCCCAUUACUACAAAGGUCAAGGACCCGAAGACUGGGGAGGUGAAGCAGGUGACGUUGACCAAGGAUGAGGGUAUUCGCUAUGGUACGACGCCAGAGUCUCUGGGCAAGAUCCGUCCUGCUUUCCCGCAGUUCGGUAACCGGAGCACGGGAGGUAACUCGAGUCAAGUUACGGAUGGUGCCGCCGCUGUUCUUCUCAUGCGCCGCUCCAAGGCUAUUGAGCUGAACCAGCCCAUCCUGGCCAAGUUCUGCGGUGCCACCGUCGCGGGAGUGCCGCCCCGGAUCAUGGGUAUUGGUCCCACCGCAGCUAUCCCCAAGCUGCUGUCCCAGUUCAACUUGAACAAGGAUGACAUCGACAUCUACGAGAUCAAUGAGGCUUUUGCUUCUAUGGCUGUCUACUGUCUCAACAACCUGGGUCUGGAGCACGCCAAGGUGAACCCGCGCGGUGGUGCCAUCGCCCUCGGCCAUCCGCUCGGUGCAACGGGCGCACGCCAGAUUUGCACCAUCCUCAGUGAGGCGCGACGGACGAAGAAGAAGGUACUGGUGACAAGUAUGUGCAUUGGCACGGGCCAGGGUAUGGCUGGUCUGUUCGUGAACGAGCAGCUGUAGAUGUCCUCAGUAUGGUAUCAUAUCAUGUCAUUUCAUGUCAUAAAAUGCUGGUGUCGGAAAGGAGUAUAUACCAAGAUGCUACGCAAAUUCAAAAACUAUACAAGAACCACUUGAA